UUUACUGAAAUAAACACAUUCAGCACAAAAUGUAGUGAAACAUAGCGGACGUUUGGUUCUUAUUUAUUAUUGCUGCUGUGCAGAUUGUUGAUGCAAUGAAACAAACGUGUUUGUGUGUUAAGCGUGUGUUGCAAAAUGCAAAAUACCAUCUUCAUGAAAAUGCUUUUCUUCAUUUUGCUGUUGUGGUUAUUAUUUUUUUUCUACUUUCUGUUAAUGAGGUCUAUUUUUGUUUAGCCCUUUAUUUAUUAUCCUGUUUUUUGGGGCCAAACAUGAAUAAAUUUAAAUUUGCCUUUUUUUUCCGAUCAUGUCUUAUUUUGAAAGCUUUUACCGGAAAAACGAGCGUGUCAUUCUGUCCGCCUUCACAAGAGAUUCAGUCACAUGGUGCUGCCUAACCGAGAGCUGAUGGAGCCAGAUGAAAAAGGCAGGAGGCGAGCCCCUCCGGUUGCGCGUCAGCAUCCCCUCAAAUAGGAAUCCGCUUCUGUCACUCCUGCCCUGCGCGCCGAGACGCGGACGACCGCCACCCCGAAACGACACUUUCGAGGCAAAUUUCAUUUGGCAUGCAUCCCUAUUUUCAUGUGAUGCCAGGGAAGAAGAGCGCGGCGAGGCUGUGAGGAGGCUGGAGCGUUGCGAAGAAUGAUAGUGAGGAUCAAGGCGCGCUGUCCCAGGAGAACUCAUCUGAAGAGCUGGCCCUGAGAGAUCCGGGAUGCUCCUCUAACACACCCGGGGCGAGUUUUCCUGAGCAGACGGUCUGACUGGUUGAGUUUGAGCUCGAGUGAAAGUGAGGGAGGGAGCCAUGGAUGGGAGCGGAGAAGCAAACGGAGGAAAACCUCAGUACAAAAACCUGCUGCUCCUGGGAGCCAUCGCGGCAGCAUCCGCCUUUGUGGUCACCAUCCUCAUUGUCCUCGUCUGCGUUGGCUGCCAACGAAAAAGCAAGAGCAAGCACCCCCCAGCCGGAGAGAAGGGGACAUCUGUAAAUAUGCAGGGUACACUUCGCCAUCCAAAACUGAACUCCAUGAGUAAAUCUGACACCAGGCUGCAUGAGAUUAAUCGCUUUCCCUGCAAUGGAAACUCUGUUAGUAAGAGCCGUCCAGCCAGCAUGGACCUCCUCCUCCUUCACACCCGCCGCUCCCAAACAGACCUGAGACCCUCUCAUGGACGUCAGCUCCCCCAGAUUCCCACCAGCCCCCAGGGAUCAGGCCAGGGGGGAGGAGGAGAGUCAGGGGGAGGAGGAGGAGGAGGUGAUGGGGCAGGAGGAGGAGGAGGAGGAGGCGGCGGGGGUGGAGGGGAGGCCAGGGACCACACGUACACCGAGGUGGGCCUCCGCAAAAACCCCACCCCCACGUGCUACCUGGACGACGGCCUGUACGAAAGUGUGGGCGUCCGAGAAAGUGAGACGGGCCCCAAGGCGCCCCCCGGCCCACCGACCACAUCGGCCAACACUCCUGCUGCGGCCAGAGCCGCACAGAGCCCCCCAGCGCAUGUCAACGGAGGUCGCAACGGAAACGGCAAUGGAGGCAGGGGGAACGGCAGGGGGAAUGGCACCCUUAAUGGACUGAUGACAGGAAGAGGUAAUGGGGCCAGCGGGGUCAACAGGUCCCCUCUGUCUUCUGUCAGUUCUCUGGCCAUUCAAGACCCAUCUGGAGCCGAGUACGCCUCCAUACGGAAGUUCAGAAAGGCUGACAAGAUAAACAGGAAGGAGAAUAACGGAGCCGACAGCCAGUCAGACAGCCAAUCGAGCGUGAGCGAUUCACCCUCCGCUGCUCCUCCUCCACUCCAUCGCAGUCAGGAGUUUCCACGCAAACCCCUGGAACCGUUUCACCUGCACUCCUUCCCAAAGGAAGCCGUGUUCAUUGGCAACGGGGAGCAGUACAUCUGGAAGCCUCCCGAGGACGAUGACAUCAUCACCUUGCACCCACCUCCACCCCGCGCAGAGAAUGGACAGGGGCACCCAUCGCCCCCAACUGCAAAGGAGAUUGCAGACACCUACUCCGUCGUAUGUAAAACCCAGAAAAAGAAACCUCCUAUGGAAUACAACGGAUCGAAGACCCUCCCACGCUCCUUCGGUGGAGAGAGAGGAAGCGCUGGCUCUCGGGGUCGAGGCAGAGGAGUCCAGGGCCAGGCGCGUUCCCAGGAGGAGCCCUGCUACGAGCCGGUAGGAGACAGGUCCUGGUCCUCUGCGGUGCCCGAGUCAGAUCCUGCGUACGCUAGUAUCGACCCCCACCGGAAACGCGAUCAGGGGGGAACCAAUAACAGCACAACUGGGGGUAGUGCCACUCUGAAAAGAAAGAAGCCGAUACCACAGCCGCCGCAGGCACCACCAGCAGCACCUCAAGGCUCAGGACACACCGCCCUUCCUGCUAGAGGCCUGCCUGGUGGGGAAAACUUCUAUGAGACCAUCAGUGAUGUGAAACAAGGGGCCAACAGCUCCGGCACUACGACCAUCUUCACCUUCAAUGAUGGGAUGGAGAUGUAUGUCACUGGUCUGUAGCUGGCAGGAACGGGCCCAGAAUCCACUGGUACUGCUGUACAUACACAGAAGGCCCUCUAUCGUCAAGCAACAUGAGGAUCCAUUUUGUGUUGACAUCAGGUACAAACAGGGUCUAAAUCCAGGUUCAGACUUCCCUCGAUUGGUCUGUACUUCAGAUCCAGCCUAAGCCUAGUCCAGCCCAAAUAUGGACCAAAUACGUUUUAACAAAAAAAAAAGAAAAGCAAAGGAAAAAGUACAACUGGAAUAUACGUACGUGUUCAAUCUACUGUGUCACUGGCCAUACUCACCUGUUUGUGCUUCAUUUUCCAUAAUAUCUUUAUUUUUAUAUGAACACUGUACUCUAUAAAGGGUACGUGGUGUAUCUUAACCUGAGAAGAACACACUUUAUAUAUAUAUAUAUAUAUAUGAAAAAAGAAAUGUGCAUGCGUUGUGCAAACACACAUAAAAAUAGACAGUAGUAGCAAUGACACUGUUAGCUAUUGUCACCAAUAUACACGCGCGCGAACACACACACACACACACACCUCUACUUGAGGGCGGAUGGACUUAUGUAAUGUAAGCAUAUGGAUGUCACAGAUUUGUGGUGCUUAGCUUUCCCUAAGCAAACAUAUAAAACUGGUUCUCUGUGCGCACCUACCUGUUGUCUGUCAGACAGGCAGCACUGUGGUGCUUUGUUCAAACACAAACCUGUAAUUUGUAGACCUCCUUAAACAAUGGGCGAAACUGAAAUCCACCAUCUUCUUUCCACAAUUUAUAAUCAAUGUGCUCUAAGCUUGUUGGCAGUUACCAGUAACGGCCCUCAUGAUGACCAUAAAAAGCCAAAUUCACUCAAUAACAUAACCUAAAUCAAGAGAUUAGUCAAAAAAAAAAAUUCCACAAUCUGUAGCCAGGGGCAUGUUGACACACCCGAAACAACACCCCCUCACACAGAUCCACACAUAUUUGGUAGAGUCAUGCAGGGUAAAGUGAUCAGGUCAGGGACAUCGAGUGGCUUGUGCAAGAAUUUCCCCAGUGAUGUGAGGGACCGAUUUCACAACGCAAGAGCUUUACUGUAUUACAGGGAUAUGCGAGAGAAGAAUACUUUCCAAAAUAAGGAAGUGAAAGGGUGUCCAAAAUAAUACAGGAUGCUUCAGCUUGUGCAACUCUCAAAUACAUCUUCUGGGUAUUGUAAACAUUUUAUUUUGUGGCCACUGUAAUUUUGUACGGGACAGCUGCAGGACUGCUGGGCUUAAUUGUGAAUUAAAGCACAGGGCGUACGUGUAUGGGAGCACAGCUCUGAUUCGCUGCCUGGAGUCAAGUCAAAGCCAGAGCUCCCCCUAGCUCGCUAGACAUAAGUCUGGUGGUAGAAAUAGCAACAGAAGGCUCGGACUCCAAGGAAAAUAGAGAGCUAGGCAUGAAAAUGAUCAGCGAGUGUCCUUUGGAAGGUUGCCCCCCUCCCCACCCUUGUCUCAAGCCUCUAUGCUGAGUUCUCUUCCAUUACAAACAAUGUCUUUCCCAUGUAGCUUAGGGGAACAUUAAAAGAAAAAGAAAAAGAAGAAGAACAGUGGAAGAAAACAAAACAUUUGAGGCUUAAUAAAUGGGCAUAAAUGUGAGAGGUGAAGAGGGAUACAAACCACUCGCAGGCUGAGAGAGGAAGGUUGCAUUUCAGUGCUCUCAUUGUGAGACAACCAUGCAAAGAGAAGACGGGUUUAGAAAGGUUAGUAACAUAAAUUUAUAUAUGCUACUGUGUCAGAAAGUAUGUAAAAACAAAUGCACUCUGUAUUUUACUGCACUGUUUAUUUUUUCUUACCUAACUGAUAAUGCCAUUGGUUGAAUAGCUCAUACCACUGCCAUGAAAACAGUAUGUUUAUGUUGUUGGUGCAAUUUUUCCUGCUUGAUCAAAUAAGUGCAUGCUUUAAUAUGUGGACAUGAAAACAAAUAUUGUGGUACUUAAUUGAUCUCUUGUUUGUUGAUCUUUUCUGUUGUACUUUUUUUGUUUUUUUUGCCAUGUGGUGCAAAGCAGCAUUCUGGGUUUCCUUUUUUUUCCCCGAAGCAACAACAUGGGAGAAACCGGGGGAAAGCGAAACAGAGCGAUAUUGAGGAGCCGCUGGGAGUUUACGGCAGAGGGUUGUUUAUUCUCUACUCUGGGGAAGCAAGGAGGAGUGAUAGAGGCAGGGUGGGGGUGCCCAGCUAGUAUAAAGCUGGAUCAGGAUCACUGCAAAUGGACACGGGGCCAAAGGACCCUCCCCCUCCUCCUCCCCCUCCUCCUCCCCCUCCUCCUCCUGAAAUGUGUUUGCGUGUGCACGCGCAGACAGGCACACACACACACACACACACACACACACCCACUGCGAGAUUUAGCCAUGUGUAUUUCCAGUUUUAGGGAGGAAGCACAUUAUGCCUCCACUUGGUCGACCUUUGCAUAUACUCCCUCCCCCAGCUGUGUUCACCGUCCAAUAACCAACACAGACGUCCCUUUUCUUUGCUUCACCUUUCUCCCCGGCUUGUGCAGGGGAGGGGCCUUUGAUGUCCAGUUGUGAGGCACCUAGGGAGUGAUGUGGGGGUUGAGGUGGGGGCAGAGUCUGUGGGUCAAGCCAACCUCGGUCUGAAAUCAACAAUGCACCAGCGGCUCCACCACAGUCUGAUAUGAGAAACGGCCAACAGCUGAGAUGCUUAACGAGCUCUGUUGAGGUUUCCCUUAAACAAUGCCGGCUGGAAAAACGCUAUCGCACGCAAUCCUUUUUCUCUGGCUGUCACCUAAUGUGUCACUUUUUCUUUACCCCGAGAGGAAGCACUGAUCUGACAUAUUUCGUUGAAUGCUGUCACGCACUGAUCGGGACGGAUGUUCACUGCACAAAUACAGUAUGAUGAUGUAAAUGUGUAAAAUACUCUGUUGCUGUUCUGAUGUUGUUCCGAUGUAACAUACAGUAUACAGUAUAUUUGUUGAGAAAAAAAAAAAAAGAUGGUUAUCACAGACGCGUUGUACUUUGUGGAUGCAAAGUGUCCCAUGCUUUCAAUGCAGAUACAGAUGCUGUUUGUCUACAGAUAUAAUUAUGGGCCAAUACUGCUGUGACAGCUGUAGCCAAUGUUGUAUGUUCAUAAAGCACAGGGUUUAGUUUAAAAAUGAUAAAUAUAAUAAUAAAAUAUAGUGUGACAGUGCAGAUAUGCAAAAGAUUGUAAUGUUUUAUAUUAACCUUCAUAAAAUAUUAAAGUGAGUUUUUACUUUUCUAAUAAAGUGGCACAUUAUAACACGUU